GCAGAGUCCCCCGAUUCCCUCUAACGGGAAAGAGCGAAGGAAAAGAGCAAUAGGCGGAGAGGAACCAGAGGGGAGGAGAGCCCAGGGCGGAACGGGAGAGCAGCGAGUCGGACGUAAACGUUGAGAGGACGCCACUGCCUCGCAUCGGUCAUCGUGAUUGGAUGAAGAGAGAAACGCUGACUACCGGCAUGGAUGUGCUCCAUCUAUAUUUUGCAUAAUGCUCGGCCACUGUGGAUCGAUCUGACUGCCACGAUGAUGUCAGUAGACGUGACCAAUCGCAAUGGCCCCUCUGCCAAACCUCCAACGUCGCUCAGCCUGCGCUCCUCCCACAACCAGCUCCUCAGCAGUGAUGUCAUCACACAAGGGUCAUCCACGCCGCCCAAGUGUCGCAAAAAAUAUGCCCUCACAAAUAUCCAGACUGCCAUGGGCCUCGGGGAGGCGGUGCCACCUUCGUCAUCACCUUCACAACUGGUGACCCCCAACAAUCCCAAGGUUGCCAAGAACGGAGUCAACCAGCUCCGUAAAGCUGGACAGGAUCACAAUAAAAAUACUACAGACCUCAAGGUAAGCGACCUUGAUGGUAAUUCAGAAAUCCUGACGGAGGAUCCGAGUGUUAAGACACCCGAGGAGCCUGAAGGUCAUGUGGAGGUUGUUGCCGAGCUGCACCCAAACGGUAACUCUGACCCUGAGUCGGAACAAAGGUCAGAAUCAGAGAGCGGGUGCAAGGUGAACACGGCCGUCGAUCUCAAACUCAACGGCAACUCGGGAGAGAUUGUUUAUGACUUCAACAUUCACGCGGAGCAAAGCGACAACAUCAACAUCCUUUUGGAGAAGGAACUAAAGUCCCUGAUGAAGGCUGAGGACGAUGAGGUGGCGGAGGAAGAUCAAGAUGACGAGAAGAAAGCGCUUUUGUUGACCAAGAGCGAAUCUCCCUUGAAUACCUCGCCCGCUCUGGAGAUCAUCUCAGACCUCCACUCUAAGGACUCCCCUGUGCCCCCUCCACCUUUCCCACCCAAACAGGCCAGUCCAGAGGACACACCCCUACUCUCGGUGGCUUCCUGCUCCUCCUCUUCCUCGUCCUCUCCAGAGACUAAGAAAGACAGAAGGACCGGUGCAAAGACGGACUGCGCUCUGAACCGUAUCCAGAAUUUGAACCCCAGCGAUGAAGAGUUGAGUUGGACCACUUUGUCCCAGGAGAGCAACUCCCCCGAGGUGACAGCAGAUAUCUGGAAUGAGCAGUCAUUCCAAACGGACCCGGAUCUGCCACCUGGAUGGAAAAAGAUAACAGACAUGGCGGGUAUCUACUACUGGCACAUUCCCACGGGCGCUACCCAAUGGGAGAGACCCGCCACCCACCUUACACCCCAUGGACAGACAGAACCCGACGCACCUGGAGACCACAAAUGCUCGACACCACGUAAACAAUCGCUUGGUUCACUCAGCCCCUCCCUCACUCCUGACCAAGAGUUAUGUCAGACCGAGGUCUUCUUCAGGGGCUCCACCCGCUCUGGCAGCACCACCUCCGACAGCUCAGUGGAGCCUCUCCACGAACACAUUCUGCCAACAUGCGGAUUUGUCAACAGCUGCUAUUUUCCCCGAUCUACAUCGAUACAGCGGAUUUCAGAUCAAGAGUGCACCCCCCAGCAUCAAGAAGACAAAGACAAGAAACACAUGUGGGGUGAUUUUGGCGGAAAGAUUGAUAGUGAGGUGUGGAAGGACUUGCAGGCGGCCACGGUGAACCCUGACCCCAGCUUAAAGGAGUUUGAGGGUGCAACGCUUCGCUAUGCAUCACUAAAGUUAAGGAACCGUCCAGCAGUCGAAGAAGACGACUCGAGCAGCGGCAACAGUGAUCCACAAUCAAAGUGUUUUGCAGUCCGCUCUCUGGGAUGGGUGGAGAUGGCCGAGGAGGACUUGGCACCUGGCAAGAGCAGCGUGGCCGUGAACAACUGCAUACGGCAGCUGUCCUACUCCAAAAACGACAUCCGAGACACAGUCGGGAUCUGGGGCGAGGGGAAGGACAUGUACCUGUUGCUGCAGAAUAAUAUGUUGAACCUGGUUGACCCGAUGGACCGCAGUGUCCUUCACUCUCAGCCAAUCGCCAGCAUCCGCGUCUGGGGCGUUGGUCGUGACAAUGGCAGGGAUUUUGCAUAUGUGGCACGGGAUAAAAAUACAAGGAUCCUAAAAUGCCAUGUGUUCCGCUGUGACACGCCAGCCAAAGCCAUUGCCACCAGCCUCCAUGAGAUCUGCUCCCGGAUUAUGACUGAGAGAAAGAAUGCCAAAGCGAUGGCAGGAGGCUCUCUCCAGGACAGGAUUCAGGCAGGACUGGACCUGCCCUUACAGGAAUUCCCCACACCAAAGACUGAGUUGGUUCAAAAGUUUCAGGUGCUGUACCUCGGAAUGAUGCCCGUUGCCAGACCAAUAGGCAUGGACAUACUGAAUGGCGCAAUAGGUAGUCUAGUCAGUGCUUCCAGCAAAGAGGACUGGACUCCAGUGGCCCUCAAUGUGGCCGAUGCCACAGUCACCAUCAGCAAAGACGAGGAUGAAGAGGAAGUGCUGGUGGAGUGCCGCGUACGAUUCCUGUCGUUCAUGGGCGUGGGAAUAGAUGUACGUACGUUUGCCUUCAUCAUGGACGCUGGCGGCCAUCGCUAUGACUGUCACGUGUUCUGGUGCGAGCCCAACGCCGGGAGUGUGUCCGAGGCUGUUCAGGCUGCUUGUAUGCUGCGGUACCAGAAGUGCUUGGUGGCGCGGCCGCUCUCCCAGAAGGCCUGCGGCUCGUCACCGCCGGGCGACUCCGUGUCACGCCGAGUCUCCACCAGCGUCAAGCGGGGCGUCCUCUCCCUCAUCGACACCCUCAAACCGAAGCGGCCCGUCACAGAAUCGACGCAGUGACCGGGGAAAGCAUCCAAGCACGACCGACUUCCCCUUGCCGUACCCUGCUCCCAGUCGCCAUGGUAACUACCCGCAUCGCUGCAGAAAGUACCACAGACUCCUGUAACCAUGGUAACAGCCAAGACCCUCCAGAUUUUGUUCAUGAGCAUCAUUGUGAGCGUGUUUUUAACGUGAGACGGCUAACAGUGUACAUAGAAGCGUCUCGUAUUCCCCACAGGGCGGGGCAACAAAGACAGCGUGCCGUCGAUUAGUCGUCGUCAUUGCACGUGCUGCAGCAUGACCUUGCACACUUGGCCAAGCCUGUUUACACCCACCUUGUCCGUGGUUAAAUGCCUCUACCGUAGACAUCAAUUUGACAUAGACGCCAUCUUGAACGCUGACUCGUGCGUCGCCGCCCGAUUGGAUCCUGCCACUUGGCAAGAUCGGUGAAAAUGCAGUUUUACGGUCAAAGCCCGGAGUCAUCGCUUUUCCCUACUCACUUAACACUUUUUAGGGAUUUUCUGUUGUGGACCGUUUGGUUCACUCCUGAGGUACAUGGAAAAAUACUUUUCGAACACUGCUCGAUUUCUCUUAUUAAAAGUAUGACAACUAUUUACCGAUUUAGUGUUCGGGCCAAAGCAAUUGCUUUGGCACCAUCUGGUGGCAUUGUGAUGCCAAGGCACUAAAUCAUUGUGAGUUGAGGAGUUCAUCUAUUUGGUAGAAGUUGCCGCGCAGCCCUCUUGCAGUGUCUACGGGUGAUUCCAAACUUUAUCGGCAAGCGUGAUUGCUGUGCGAGUGAUUCCAAAUAUAGCCAAUGAAUGUUGAUUUGGCCGUUUAUAACACCAUUUUGCGAUUUGAGAUUUUUCUGACUUUGUGGCUAAUACUAUGAAGCCCUCUUCGUGCAUAAUACUGUCAAUUCCUCCAGUGAAAAGAGUUUUCACACAGAGAGCUAUUUACUGUUUAAUUAAGUUGCCCCAAAAUACCGCUGUCAUUGCCUGGCUAUCUUAUUUCAUACUAUGCAAGCUUCCCAAACAUACCGUAAAGGGCUGAUAAAACAGUUAGAAGGCAAGGCUUUUAUGUUUGUCCUAUUGGUAGCUACAUUGAUAUCAGUUACUUGAUUACUGAAAAUGAAUUCGAUGUAAAUGUCGGUGCGUUCUUUUCAAAAAAUCCACAUCACACAUAUCAGAAUGUUGGUUAUUAUAUACUCCGAUUGAAUACUUAAUAUUAAUAUGUCGACAUGUACCAUCACCGUGAGCAUGUUGCAUAUAUAUUGUUCGCUUUAAACAUUCAUAAACAGAUACAGAACAUGAUUCGGUGCUAACAUAUAUCGUAAACUGUCAGUGAAAAUGGAUAAUGUUUAGAUUAAAAGUUCAUAUCAUUAUUAUUCUAUUUCUUAUGUAAAUAAGCGGCAUUAACUUUAGUUAAUAGGUUGUUGUUUUAUUUUACUUGCAUUACUGUGUGGGCAGAGCUGCCACAUCCUAUAUGGCGGAAGCUAAGACGUGGCAACGGGCCAACCCAUUCAAGGUGGUGUCUAUGUUCUUGUGUCUACAGUUAUCCCCCCCCCACCCCCCACCCCCUUGUGCUCUCACACUUGACAUGCAGAAGACUGUAAGAUAGAUGCUCUAGGAAAGGAAGUGUCACAAUGACGACUUCAAUAACGAGGACAUGAGUAAAUUUUAAAAAUGUGUCUCGCUCACAUGAACCCGCAUGAAACUUCCUAUCCUAAACAAAUAAUCCACGUGAGGCAAUAUCAGUACACUGCUGCUUUUACAUACUGAAGGAGUGAGAAAAGACAGAUGCGUGGCCUCCUGGAUGGUCAAAAAACAAAACAAAAAAAACCCAAAACAACAACAACAAGCGGUGACCCUUCACCCAAAGCAUCCCCUCACGUAUUUGCCAUUUUGUCACCACUCGGAUGAUGACACAUUAUAGCCAUUAGGCAGAGGACGCUCAAGACUGGGGUGAUGUUUAGCCCCCGCGGGCAGAAGAGAGACUGCUGCUUUCACACCCCGCACAUGUGGCCAUGCUGGCAGACGUGCUGCUCAGCAUCUGGACCCCAGCUAAGUGCUUUUCAACCUGUUGCUGUCAUUUUAUUCACGUUGUGUGAAGGGGAAAAAAAAAAAAAAAAACAAUUCCACCUUUUUUCGGUGGGGGGCGGUGCGUUGACUCAUGGCAUGUCCGCAUGAACUGGGGUAUUUGUUUUUGUUGUAUUUCUCUAUGCAUUUUGACCUCAGGUCCACAUGCAAAUUACAUUUAUUAUUAAGGCAAAUUACGCCUUUUUUGACCUUUGUCGGUGAGCCGAAUGAGAAUCUGUGGAAAAGAGGAUGAAUGGAUAUUUAUUUGGAGUGUAACACACUUCACUCUUCAUCUCACGACAGGUUUUUUUUUCUAAUUCACAUUGCUUUCUCAAAGAGAGCGUGCCAUUUUCCACCCUUUAGCUUGCUCAAUAAUUUGUAUUAAUAAAUUAAUUCAUUAAAUUAAAUACUACCCACACAUGUGGACUGACUAAUAAUAUAAAUUUGUGAAAAUAUAUUGCCGUUACCAAAUUGUGACAUAAGACGCUUUGACCUGAUGGCAGCAAAUUCUCGUUGUUUUGUGUUUAAAUGUAAAUCUGCCAAAGACAUUUUUGUUAUUUAAAAAACAAAACAAAACGGAACGCCCGUGUUCAUGUGGAUAUUGCUUCAAGCAAAUAGGAAGUUCCCUUUGACUGCAAUUGACGUGUGUCCAGGCUUCUGUGUGCUUCAAUUUAGUUUUUUUUUAACUGCAUACAUCCUUACUUCCUGUCUUUUUGUUUUCACCAGUGCCACACUCUCCUCACGUGACUUAUUUUUCACAAGAAUAUUUUGAGCUUUUUUUUCCUUUUUCUUUUAUGGAUGUAACUAUUUAUAGCCGAACAAAAAACCCGAAAGCAACACACAUGAGAAAUGAGCACAUUCUUCCCAUUGACAGGAAAAUAACCUGGCAACAAUAAGUAGCCCUUCUCGCCACCUUUUGUCUGACUGAAAUGUGAACGGGUUGACAAAUGUAUGUACAUAAUCUCCAUAUAAGGUAACAUUUGCCAUUUAUUGUUGUCAUAAGCUAUUCCUUUCAUUUUGAAUGUCUGUACUCUUCUAUUUUAUUGAAAUGCCUUUUUUCUUUUUUUAACUCACCAAAUGGCCAAUGUGUAACAUAUAACUUGUAGAUAUGAAAAAAAAACGAGGAAAGCAAAUAAUGACUUUUUUUUUUCUCACAGUUGUCAAUUAAGUUGACGCCUGAUAGGCAAUUAUCUAUGCAUUCUUUUCAUGGCAAGAGUCGUUGCAAUGCCUUGCAAGCCCCAGGGCGAUUGAGAGGAAGACUGUAUGUACUGAACAGAAAUAUUUUUAUUUUAUUUAUUCUAUUUUAUAAAAGUAUAUACUGAUUUUAUUCAUGGAGGCUGUUGAGGUCUCACUCUGAGUCUUUGUUUCAGUACUCGCAACGCUCCAACAGGCUCCGCUUUGCAGAAGGAAAAAAAAAGUGCAACUAUACACCGGGAGCUGGGAGUUCUCUGCUGGAGGAGGAAGAGGAUGCAUGCAGAGGGCUCCCAGUUUCUCAUAAACAACAACAACACACUCCAUUUCCUGCCAAUGGAUGUGUAGGCUCCUGUUUGCUGCUCACUGAUUUGUACACGUUAUCAAUGUAACCAAUUGUGAGAAUAAACGGCAUCUUAAAACGGA